GUAAAGACAGCUUGGUUGACCGGAUAUGGAGCAGGCUAGGACACUGUUGGUUGACAAGAGCCAAAGGACAGUAGUCUGCUCUGCCGGCCCCGCCAUGAAUGGGAUGGCCAAUGUGAAUUCCGCCAGCCGCGCUCACUAUGCCUCCUCCAUCCCAGUGCCCAGAGCCUCCUCCCAGACCAGGAUGCACACUCCGGGUGCGUCUCCCCAGCUUCGACCUCGCCAGGCUGGCCUGGCCCUCAGCCCCCAGCGAGCAGCCUCCCCGAGGUUGGGCAAGGCUGCGGGCUCUUCCAGAAACUCCUCACCCAAGGCCUCCCGCGGGAGAGGCUCCCCAAGGGCUGCUGGGGCAGCAAGGGAGUUGGCCGAAGGCAGUGAAAGCCUCCCCAGCUCCCCCUGGAGCAGUCCCAGAGUAGCCCCAAGGGCAGCCCCCUCCCCCCGGGCUGGGUCCAGAAGAAUCGGGGAUACACAAGGCAUCCAGGGGAAGAAGAAGAAUACCCAGGAAGGGACUCCCGUCCGCCAGACCCGCGGCAGGAGCCCACCCCAGACAAGUGCUCAUGGAGAAACUCAAAUACCAGGGCCUCUUGAAGGUCGAAAGCCUCCCAGUUGCCCAGCCAAAGAUCAAAGAGAUCUAAACUACGCACGUUCUUUGGAGCCUGAUGAGGGAGCAGCUUCAGAGGCCGUGACUCCAGCUUACAGUCCAGCACAGAGCAAGCGCCCCUCUCCCAGCCCAGGGACCAUUAGCUUCUCCUCGGUCCAUCAGCAGAGUCAGCCCAUCACGGCCACCGUGGCGCCCUUCCGGUACAGGUUACAGACAGACCAGGAGCCUGGCUCCCAACCUCAGGGCAGCUGGGCCCUUGAUGGCUACUGCAGCCCCCCAAGCAGGAUGGAGGGCAGCUUCUCCGGUAUGGCCACAGUUAACCUGUUCGUGUCCUAUGGAUUUGGGAGCAGGAGUGGAGUCCUUAAUCUAAGAAAACUUGCACACCUGGUGUGGCCUGUGCCAAGGCAGGAGCAAGAGGUGGUAUCCGUACUGGCUGAGAGGAGUUUGUUCUGGGCUUCUAGAGAGGGCGCAGCUCAGAGAUGCAAGUAGAUCACCAACAGCAGAGUAAGCCAAAGCUCUGAUGAACCUUCUAGGCCACCCACUGUGGCCUCACUUCCACAGGGACAGAUGAGAAAUGACUGGCUCAAGCACCAUGGUGGGUUAGCAGGUGAACUGAAACCCGGCCUGCUGCCCGCGGACUCCCCAGACCCUAAAAUCCACAAAUGAUCGUGAUGCCUACCAGUUACCCAACACCGGUUACAUUCGAGGCCCAUUGCUAGGUGCUCUAUCCGUAGAGUCCUUUGUGAACACAUCUGACGCACCUCACCUGAAGGUCAUGCCUCCUCCAACUCCCCCGCCUUCCUGCCUGCUGCCAUAGUCACCCUUGGUCAGCUGGCACGCUGUCCAGGCUCAAUUCAGUCUCCCACAAGCCCUGCCAGGGAAAUGGGGUCAGAGAGCCCCAGUCCCUGUGAGGUCUCCUUUAACCUGUGCAGGCCCCAGUGUCACUGGCAUCUCUGUCGCUCCAGUCCUCUGUUAUUUCACCCUAAGUUCACACUGCUGUGUUCCUUCCCCUCUGGGGACGUCGGGGCCAAGAUGAGCUGAGGUCCCAGCCAUGCAUGGAGAGAGGACAUGCCGAUAAUUGACUGAAAAACAGGCCGAGCUCAGGGGUGGGUGGCACCAGCCAUGUUCUCAGGGCACCGCUGACCAGUGUCAGGGUAGGCUUGGCAGGGCAGGGGUCUGUGGAUGCCCCCUUUUGGAUAAACAGAGCAGCCUCUGGGACCAAGUGGGCUGGCAGGAGUUGGGAUGGGAGGUCACGUAACAGCUGACACUUGCUGUGGCUCGUGGGCCAGGCAUUGUCAGAGCACUCUUAAUCCUCCAACAACUGCAUGAGGCUGGGACUUCACCCCUAGUUUGUCAGGACUUUCCCACUCGUACUGUGCAGCUGUGGACAAAUUAUUUAGUCUCUCCGUAGUUGUGAAUGGGGCUGAUGAGGAUACCCUCCUUCAAGGGUUCUGUGGAGAUUAAGUGCAUCCACAAGGUACUGUGCCUGAAGACAGCGGGUGCAUUGUAACUGCUAAUAUGUGUUAAGCUAGCUGAUGUCUGUCAUCGAGGAAAGGGCUAUGAUUUCCUGACUCACCUGCCUGGUGAGCAGUCUGUAGCACAGUAUGGGGAAGUGAUUUGCCUAGGCAGCCAGGCUUCAGAGGCUGUCCUGAGUCAGCCAUGCCUUAACCUCACUGGAGGGAGGGGAAGGGGCUCGAGUCCAGGAGGCCCCCGGAGGUUGCGAGGGGGCAUAGCAGAGCCAGGUUCUAGGAGGAGGCUAGAAAAGAGGUCAUCCGAGGUACCCUGCUGGAGGGGCCUGAAAUAGAAACUGGAGGGAUCUGGAUUCUGUUGCUUCAGAGGAGGGAGGAGGAGAGAGCAGCCUGAGUGACUUCUCCUGACAGCAUUUGGCUGGGACUAGGAUUUAUCUCCAGGCAGUGACUUGGAUCCAGUAAGAGCCAUUUUAGUGGCACAUCAAGAAUAACAGAAGCAGGACAGCCUGGAGCCCUCCCUCCCCAUGGCUACCCUGGAUGCAGGCCCUUCCCAGACCGCUCCUACUCUAGAAGGCAUGUGAGUGGUUCUCAGAGAAAUUUGCAGCUGUGUGUGCCCAAGAUACAAUAUAUGGGGUUGGCAAGGCCCAACUUCUCUGUUUUCUGCUGCACUAAGAAAACCAGGGCCUCUGCAUCACCCAACUCGAGGGAAUUUAUAGUCAUUUGCCAAUUUUUAAUUAAACACUUACUAUGUGCCAGAUGCUAUUGUAGAAAUUGUAGAGCUGAUGAUGAAUUCUGGAGCUGUGUAGUGUACAGCUUGUACAACUGUACAUGAUCUGCAGAGUGGCUCUGAAGAAGGCCCAACCCUGGAAUAUGUCUCCCACCCUAGAGAGCAGAAGCAGAGCUCUGGCCUCAUGACACUCCCUGAGAAGACAAGGCAGUCUGGGAGCCACCCCUCUUCACCCGAGUCCUUUAUGUUAAGAUGAGCAGACAAGGAAGAUGUUGAACAUCACCCUGUGGUUUUCCUAGAGAAUUCACACACAAUUCUCUACACAAUGUCUGCCUGUCCUGGACUUGGCUUCUUCCUGACAGGCACUUAGAGCUCAGCCAUCUUAACUCAAGACAACUGCCUCACUUCCUCCUAGGCAACCCAAGCCCUGUGUGCCAAUGGGUCUCAGAGAGGCCUGAGGAUGAGCACACUUGCAGGGAGGUGGCCUGGUGAUGAGGCAUCUCUCCAGAGGGGAGCGUGGGAGGCAGAGCUGCUCGCUGAACCCCCACCACGGUGGCCCCUUUUCCUAAGACCGGUGUGGGGCGUGAUCUCAGGUGCAACCCUGAAGCUCAUGACUUCCACCUGGGCAGGCAGACAGCCUGCAGGGCUCUGUGCCCAGGUACUGACUCCAAAGACAGGUUGUAGCCCUCCGUCCAGCGCCGCAGAAUGGGCAGAGACUAGAACAUGACAUCCGAGGGAGAGCAGCCCCAGGGCCACAUCCAGCCCACCUGCCCGCCAGAGAAGCUGGGUUUGCCAUGAGCACUGAAGUGGCAAGUCCCCGGUGACAAAAGCAGGCCCCGGAAGGCAAAGUUCUCCUGGCACCGAAGCUCCCGCCCACCACACCAGUGAGUAUUCUUAGCAUGUGCAGAGCCAUUUUUAUAUGCCAAGUAAUUGCCAGUGAUUAUUCUAUUAAAAAUCACUAAAAUAUGAAGCCAUGGCAUUCCCCUUUAAGUUUAACGCCUCAUUGAAAAACCUAACAAAAACUCUAAUAAAGCACAGAGGUUCCAGCGGAGCGAAUGAGCACAGAGUGGCUCUCUCCAGGGCAGGGAGAAGGCCAGGUUUCCCUAACCCCACUGUCCCAGCUGCUUCUGGUUAAGGCAGGUAAAUUUCCUCCACACUCUUGCGGUUGUCUUUAAAGUUUUGGAGUCAAGAACCCAUGUAAUAGCCUGCUUGACAGCAUAAUAUGUCUGCAGAGAUGAAUGGCCAUCUUCACAAUACCUGGCUCAUAUUUGAGGGUUGGUUCUGGGCCUCCAGAAUCCAGGCUGUGAAUGCAGAUUAAGGAGUUCAUUUCUGGGGUAGGAUGUCAUCACUGGUUAGCAAGACAACCUUGGCUUUGGGCCUUGUGUUUUUCCUCAGUGUUUGGGUUUACUUGGUCCAGAAUGAGGCGAUAGGAUUUAUUACAAUGGGUCAGUUCUGCCCUGAGGGAGAAUGUUGAGUCAAGUGAUCCUGGAGGUCCCACUAGCCUUGUGAUUCAAUGAAGUUGAAACACUGCAUGGACAAGUCAUCUUUGACUGUAAGUUCACCCAUCCAGAAGGAUAUACACUCACACAAGCAGCUUGUGUGUCUCUGUCUGACACACGAGCAAGUCACAGGCACACACUUAACUCACCUCUUCCUGUGCCCAACUGGUGUCUUCCUCAAAAGC